CGACCAUAGAUCAACAAAACAUCUCACGCUUCCUAGCACACACCUAAAAACUCCCUGCCGCUACGGUACUUCAACGACAAACCAAUGCCCCGACUAACCGGCGAAGGCGGCGGCCGAAAUCCAACCGGCAUCCCCCCCGCAAAAACUGAAUCUGCCCUACAAGCGCGAAAAACCUUCUACUGCGACCUCUGCAGCAAAGGCUACAGCCGCAGCAACGAAUACGAAGCGCACGAGAACAGCUACGACCACCAGCACAAGAAGCGGUUCCAAGAGAUGAAGGCGAUGCAGCGCGACCCGGCGUCUGUGGAGCGCAGGCGCGAGCGGGAGAGGCGGAGGAUGGACGAGGGAAUUGCUGUUAUUAAGCCCAUCAAGAUUGAGGAGAAGAGGGCUGUGGGUGGGGGGUUUAAGAAGGGGGGGUUUAGGAAUGCGUUUGGCAGGGGUGAGGAGGGGGGUGGGGCCAAGAUGGAGGUUGGCGGUGGCGGAGCCGCGGGGGCAGGCGGAGUGGGAGGGGUUGUGGGGGUGGAAGAGAGUGAUACCGAGGAUGAGGGCUGGGAGAGGUAUGACCCUGCGAGACCUACAGACUGAGAAAUGGAGGCAUGGGGUGGCGUGGGGGGUUUUGACGUUUGACACCUUUUUUCCCUCUUGUCAUGCCGUGAAUUGGGAAUUGGCUUGUACCCAUACAUUGAUUGGGUGGCGGUGAGAGGGGGUAAUCUAGGGCUGUGCUUUAAAUCGCACUGCUCUCUGUAUUAUAUGAGUACACUAAUAAUAUAUACAUGGCAUCCAAACAUCAAAA